CACCGCAUGGGCUCAGGGACGCUUCAGAAAACCACUGUCAGUAACUACAGUCGGUCGCUACACCUGUAAGUGCAAGUUAGAACUCGACAACGCAAAGCCACAGCCAUUUGUCAACAACACCCAGAAAGUGAAGUGAAUUCUAUUUAUAUAGCGCUUUACAUAGUGACACCCAAUAUCUAAGUUGCAUUUAAACCAGUGUGGGUGGCACUGGGAGCAGGUGGGUAAAGUGUCUUGCCCAAGGACACAACGGCAGUGACUAGGAUUGCACAAGCGGGAAUCGAACCUGCAACCCUCAAGUUGCUCUACCAACCGAGCUAUGCCGCCCCGAAAGAAAGUGGAAAAGUGUCCACAUUUCUAAUUGUUUUUGGAAACCACCCGGACUGUUGUAGGGUGAAAGUGUUCUAGGCAGCAUGUGUGAUGGUAUGGGGGUGUAUUAGUGAUUGUUGUAGGGUGAAAGUGUUCUAGGCAGCAUGUGUGAUGGUAUGGGGGUGUAUUAGUGAUUGUUGUAGGGUGAAAGUGUUCUAGGCAGCAUGUGUGAUGGUAUGGGGGUGUAUUAGUGAUUGUUGUAGGGUGAAAGUGUUCUAGGCAGCAUGUGUGAUGGUAUGGGGGUGUAUUAGUGAUUGUUGUAGGGUGAAAGUGUUGUAGGCAGCAUGUGUGAUGGUAUGGGGGUGUAUUAGUGAUUGUUGUAGGGUGAAAGUGUUCUAGGCAGCAUGUGUGAUGGUAUGGGGGUGUAUUAGUAAUUGUUGUAGGGUGAAAGUGUUAUAGGCAGCAUGUGUGAUGGUAUGGGGGUGUAUUAGUGAUUGUUGUAGGGUGAAAGUGUUCUAGGCAGCAUGUGUGAUGGUAUGGGGGUGUAUUAGUGAUUGUUGUAGGGUGAAAGUGUUCUAGGCAGCAUGUGUGAUGGUAUGGGGGUGUAUUAGUGAUUGUUGUAGGGUGAAAGUGUUCUAGGCAGCAUGUGUGAUGGUAUGGGGGUGUAUUAGUGAUUGUUGUAGGGUGAAAGUGUUCUAGGCAGCAUGUGUGAUGGUAUGGGGGUGUAUUAGUGAUUGUUGUAGGGUGAAAGUGUUGUAGGCAGCAUGUGUGAUGGUAUGGGGGUGUAUUAGUGAUUGUUGUAGGGUGAAAGUGUUCUAGGCAGCAUGUGUGAUGGUAUGGGGGUGUAUUAGUAAUUGUUGUAGGGUGAAAGUGUUAUAGGCAGCAUGUGUGAUGGUAUGGGGGUGUAUUAGUGAUUGUUGUAGGGUGAAAGUGUUCUAGGCAGCAUGUGUGAUGGUAUGGGGGUGUAUUAGUGAUUGUUGUAGGGUGAAAGUGUUCUAGGCAGCAUGUGUGAUGGUAUGGGGGUGUAUUAGUGAUUGUUGUAGGGUGAAAGUGUUCUAGGCAGCAUGUGUGAUGGUAUGGGGGUGUAUUAGUGAUUGUUGUAGGGUGAAAGUGUUCUAGGCAGCAUGUGUGAUGGUAUGGGGGUGUAUUAGUGAUUGUUGUAGGGUGAAAGUGUUCUAGGCAGCAUGUGUGAUGGUAUGGGGGUGUAUUAGUGAUUGUUGUAGGGUGAAAGUGUUCUAGGCAGCAUGUGUGAUGGUAUGGGGGUGUAUUAGUGAUUGUUGUAGGGUGAAAGUGUCCUAGGCAGCAUGUGUGAUGGUAUGGGGGUGUAUUAGUGGUUGUUGUAGGGUGAAAGUGUUCUAGGCAGCAUGUGUGAUGGUAUGGGGGUGUAUUAGUGAUUGUUGUAGGGUGAAAGUGUUCUAGGCAGCAUGUGUGAUGGUAUGGGGGUGUAUUAGUGAUUGUUGUAGGGUGAAAGUGUUCUAGGCAGCAUGUGUGAUGGUCUGGGGGUGUAUUAGUGAUUGAUCUAGGGUGAAAGUGUUCUAGGCAGCAUGUGUGAUGGUAUGGGGGUGUAUUAGUGAUUGUUCUAGGGUGAAAGUGUUCUAGGCAGCAUGUGUGAUGGUUUGGGGGUGUAUUAGUGAUUGUUGUAGGGUGAAAGUGUUCUAGGCAGCAUGUGUGAUGUAUGGGGGUGUAUUAGUGAUUGUUGUAGGGUGAAAGUGUUCUAGGCAGCAUGUGUGAUGGUAUGGGGGUGUAUUAGUGAUUGUUGUAGGGUGAAAGUGUUCUAGGCAGCAUGUGUGAUGGUAUGGGGGUGUAUUAGUGAUUGUUGUAGGGUGAAAGUGUUCUAGGCAGCAUGUGUGAUGGUAUGGGGGUGUAUUAGUGGUUGUUGUAGGGUGAAAGUGUUCUAGGCAGCAUGUGUGAUGGUAUGGGGGUGUAUUAGUGAUUGUUGUAGGGUGAAAGUGUCCUAGGCAGCAUGUGUGAUGGUAUGGGGGUGUAUUAGUGGUUGUUGUAGGGUGAAAGUGUUCUAGGCAGCAUGUGUGAUGGUAUGGGGGUGUAUUAGUGAUUGUUGUAGGGUGAAAGUGUUCUAGGCAGCAUGUGUGAUGGUAUGGGGGUGUAUUAGUGAUUGUUGUAGGGUGAAAGUGUUCUAGGCAGCAUGUGUGAUGGUAUGGGGGUGUAUUAGUGAUUGUUGUAGGGUGAAAGUGUUCUAGGCAGCAUGUGUGAUGGUAUGGGGGUUUAUUAGUGGUUGUUGUAGGGUGAAAGUGUUCUAGGCAGCAUGUGUGAUGGUAUGGGGGUGUAUUAGUCAUUGUUGUAGGGUGAAAGUGUUCUAGGCAGCAUGUGUGAUGGUAUGGGGGUGUAUUAGUGAUUGUUGUAGGGUGAAAGUGUUCUAGGCAGCACGUGUGAUGGUAUGGGGGUGUAUUAGUGAUUGUUGUAGGGUGAAAGUGUUCUAGGCAGCAUGUGUGAUGGUAUGGGGGUGUAUUAGUGAUUGUUGUAGGGUGAAAGUGUUCUAGGCAGCAUGUGUGAUGGUAUGGGGGUGUAUUAGUGAUUGUUGUAGGGUGAAAGUGUUCUAGGCAGCAUGUGUGAUGGUAUGGGGGUGUAUUAGUCAUUGUUGUAGGGUGAAAGUGUUCUAGGCAGCAUGUGUGAUGGUAUGGGGGUGUAUUAGUCAUUGUUGUAGGGUGAAAGUGUUCUAGGCAGCAUGUGUGAUGGUAUGGGGGUGUAUUAGUCAUUGUUGUAGGGUGAAAGUGUUCUAGGCAGCAUGUGUGAUGGUAUGGGGGUGUAUUAGUUCCCAAGGCAUGGCUAACUUACACAUCUGUGAAGGCACCAUUAAUGCUGAAAGGUACAUACAGCUUUUGGAGCAACGUUAUCAAGGACGGCCCUGCUUAUUUCCGCAAAACCCUGCCAAGCCAGGUGUUACAACAGCGUGGCUUCGUAGUAAAAGAGUGCAUUCUAACUUCAUGAUCAUUUGCAUAAAAUAACAAAGUUACAGUCUAUUCGAUUGAAUAUAAGUUGAAAAGGAUUUGUUGUCUUGUCUUUUUAUUUAGCUUUUAGACAAGGCGACAAGUGAGUUGAUGUGUUGUGAGGACGCAGGUGUGAACAAUCAGUAUUGAUCCGGCGGACAAAUGAGGGCAAAUGUUGCUGAAGGAAAAACAUUCUUGCCGGAAUGAGAUCAAUGAUUCAUGGAAAUGGGGUUUAGGUCUUGGUCCCGUUGUCAAGCAGGAAAUAUGUUGGCGCCAGUAAUACCAAGCCUGAGGGCAGGAAGUUGUAGUAGCAGCAACAACAUGCCCCCCGCCAAAGUAAAGGUCCACUAAAUAACAAAGUUCAAUUAUGUUAAGUUGAGUCAUGGAAUGAGAUGGGGUCCUGCAGGCACUCUGGACGCCUAAAAAAACACAAUUUAUUAGCCUCGUUUUGACAAAUUGUUGUAUUUCAAAUACACCUUAAAAGAACUUUGGAUCCAACUAAAUAUUAUAUUUCAAAUACAUCCUGAAAAAUGUAAUUAAGUUUUUGUGCCUUCAACCAGAAGUAUAACUGCCCACAGUGUUUCUACUUGUAUAUUUACAAUAUAACUAAAACUAUUCUUACUCACUAAAGUGUCCCCUAUGUGACGUAUUGGAGUGUUUUUAUGCAUGUUUCUACCUGCUGUCUUAAUCUAAUCAAGCUAGCCUCGUUAGCUUUAGCUAUUAUGCUAACACGUUUACGAGUGUCUUUGUAUUAUUGGCUUACAUUCUUUUUGUAUUGUUUCACUUUUACUAAUUUGUGGAGUUAUUGAGUUUGUUGAGCUGAUUGGAGAGCUAGCUAGGAGUUAACUCCUCUUAUUGAGUCUGUUUAGUUGAUUGGAGAGCUAGCUAGGAGUUAACUCCUCUUAUUGAGUCUGUUUAGUUGAUUGGAGAGCUAGCUAGGAGUUAACUCCUCUUAUUGAGUCUGUUUAGCUGAUUGGAGAGCUAGCUAGGAGUUAACUCCUCUUAUUGAGUGUGUUUAGUUGAUUGGAGAGCUAGCUAGGAGUUAACUCCUCUUAUUGAGUCUGUUUAGCUGAUUGGAGAGCUAGCGAGGAGUUAACUCCUCUUAUUGAGUCUGAUUAGUUGAUUGGAGAGCUAGCUAGGAGUUAACUCCUUAUUGAGUCUGUUUAGCUGAUUUGAGAGCUAGCUAGGAGUUAACUCCUCUUAUUGACUCUGUUUAGCUGAUUGGAAAGCUAGCUAGGAGUUAACUCCUCUUAUUGAAUCUGUUUAGUUGAUUGGAGAACUAGCUAGGAGUUAACUCCUCUUAUUGAGUCUGUUUAGCUGAUUGGAGAGCUAGCUAGGAGUUAACUCCUCUUAUUGAGUCUCUUUAGUUGAUUGGAGAGCUAGUAUGAGUCAACUCCUUAUUCAGUCUGUUUAGCUGAUUGGAGAGCUAGCUAGGAGUUAACUCCUCUUAUUGAGUCUGUUUAAUUGAUUGGAGAGCUAGCUAGGAGUUAACUCCUCUUAUUGAGUCUGUUUAGCUGAUUGGAGAGCUAUCUAGGACUUAACUCCUUAUUGAGUCUGUUUAGUUGAUUGAGUGCUAGCUAGGAGUUAACUCCUCUUAUUGAGUCUGUUUAGUUGAUUGACAGCUAGCUAGGAGUUAAGUCCUCUUACUGAGUCUGUUUAGUUGAUUGGAGAGCUAGCUAGGACUUAACUCCUUAUUGAGUCUGUUUAGUUGAUUGGAGAGCUAGCUAGGAGUUAACUCCUCUUAUUGAGUCCGUUUAGUUGAUCAGAGAGCUAGCUAGGAGUUAACUCCUCUUACUGAGUCUGUUUAGCUGAUUGGAGAGCUAGCUAGGAGUUAACUCCUCUUAUUGAGUCUGUUUAGCUGAUUAGAGAGAAAGCUAGCUUAGCUAGGAGUUAACUCCUCUUAUUGAGUCUGUUUAGCUGAUUGGAUCGUGGGUCCAUGACCAUGACUUCUGUUUUGUUAGCGCGGCCAUUUUACUGCCCUGUUUUUCACCAAUGAAGUAAAUAAACAUUUCCUAAAUAUUUUUGUGCCGGCAUGGAUCUGCGGCUUACAGGCUUGUAGGGGGUAUAACGUCCCCAAAUUGUCAGAAAGAGUGUUUAAUAUGUCAUUUGUGAAAAUAAGCGAGCUGAGAAACACCCUGGCUGCCGCACCAGGGAUCUUGUUGCCGUGGUGCCCAGGUGAGUUGAGGUGAGGUGUGGCAGGAGGUCCCUCCCCAACUUUGCAUCCACAUUUCCAUAACUUCCACUCCCGCCAGGGUGGCUCAUUUGGAUCUCUUCACUUUCAAAAGCGCCGCUCCAGGUUUUAGUCCGGCCUCACCCGCUCAGUCCAGAACCACAGCAUGGCCAUAAAGUCCGCGGUCGCGUUCUGACGCCGGGGACUUUGAAGGUGUGCAGCAGCCAUGUGGAGAACACCCGGGAGGUUUUCCCUGACUGCUGGCUGCUGCUGCUGCUGCCUCCCCCAGGACCCGCUGGAGGACCGCCAGGCCUGGACCCAGUCGGUGGACAAAGUCCUGGCCAGUAAAGCCGGUCAGGUGGCCUUCAGGGAGUUCCUGAGGUCGGAGCACAGCGAGGAGAACCUGCAGUUCUGGCUGGCAUGCGAGGACUACAAGAAGAUCAAGUCCGUCCCCGAGAUGAUCACCUGUGCCAACAGGAUCUACUCAGACUUUGUCCACACCGAGGCGCCCAGACAGAUCAACAUAGACUGCCAGACCCGGGAGAAGAUCAGCAGGAACAUGUCUCAGCCCAGCCCCACUUCCUUUGAUGCCGCCCAGAAGACCAUCUACUGCCUGAUGAGCAGAGACUGCUACCCUCGCUUCCUCAACUCUGACAUCUGUGCCCGUCUCCUCAGGACUACCCCCUGCCUGGAACUCAUCUAGACCUUGUCCUACACUUGCCAACCACCAUUCAUCUAGACCUUGUCCUACACCUGCCAACCACCACUCAUCUAGACCUUGUCCUACACCUGCCAACCACCACUCAUCUAGACUUUGUCCUACACCUGCCAAC